AUGUCCUCACCAUCCACGCCACGGUCGACGCGUUCCGUGUCGCCCGCGGGCGAUUCACCGAACAUUAUUACGCCCGGGCAGAAGAUUAAGGCUUUGAUGGCGGAAUUCGAUAGCGACUCGGAAGAUGAUCCCCAAAUAGCCAAGUCAACAGAUGCUGUCUCGAAGCUUGAUCUAGGGCGUGAUUUGGUUCCAGACUCGGACACAUGCGAGAAUGGCCCAUUGCACGACUCAGAAGACGACUCAGGCAGCGCAGAUGAGGUGUUCAAACCGAAAGGCCGUAUGGCUGCUCGUUUACAAGGUAAUUCUAGACCAGCUAGAUCCGAGAACGAAAAAUCGGCAUUUGUUCGCGUGUCAAAGGCCAUCCGAUUAGAAAGAGAAAAGGACGAGACGCCCCGGCAGACAGAACCACCUUCCACGUCCAUCAGCGAAUCUCGCGAUGGUAAUGACGAUCUACCUAACGCUGGCCCUAGGAGAAGACAUAAAUCCACAACCAAGUCUCCCAUAGCCGAGAACAGAACAAGCCAAACCCCUCCCCGUUCCAGACCCGACUCUCCUCUCUUUGUUUCCUCUCCGGGCGAACCACAUAAUGAUCCAGACUCCGGAAAUGAGAACAUGAAAAAUGCUGCGGAGAAUAAGCCCAAAGGAAACGCUCGUUUCCUGUCCCUUGUCGCUCAAAAACGCAAGGAACGCGAGGAGCGGGAGAAAGCUGAGGCCGAAAGGAAGAAGGCCAUCCGAAGAGUUCGGUUGGAGCAGUUUAGCUCGGAGGUACUCUCGGGUGAGGAGAGCGACGCUGAUGAUCCACGCUCUGCGAGCAAGCUUUCUCAGAAGACUCGUCAGCCCCGGAAAGCCAGCAAGAAGGCAUUGGAUGAGAUGAGGCAGGAGACUCAGCGAAUGAGUCGUAACAUGCAACUAGCUCACCAGGCCAAGACAAAGAAGAAAAUCACCAAGGAAAGCCUCUUCGCCAAAUUCAACUUCAUGCAACCCGCCACCCCGGUCGAGCAGCUCGCGGCAAAUACAUCGUCAGCAGUCGGAUCACUAAACUCCUCCGAUGGAGAACUGCUCAUCAAAGCCAAAGAUACACCCCAUACUUUUCCGGUUCUCGGCCAUUUGGAUGCUACUAAGUGGACCGCUGAUUCUGAGCAUGCCCAAGUUCAAGCAGCUGAUGUGGAUAUGGAUGCGGACAUUGGAAUUUUGCCUGCCCCAAAAGACCUCAUGGUGCCUAAUCAGCAAUCUGCGUUAUCCAAGGCCCCUGAAUUCCAAGAUGUCUUGAUGUCUGUACCUGAGCCAAAACCCGAGGGUGCCAAAUUGAAGAGAGUUUCGCGCCCACUAACACAACCACCUAUCCGCGUGCUGCUUUCCAGACAAGCGGUGGCUGCGCAUCGGAAAGAUUCCGACGAUUCCGAUAGCGAUCUUGAGGUGGUGACAUCCCCUGGCAAGUGCCGUCGCAUUGCAGCGUUUGAGAACCUGCCUACUAGGCAGUUGCAUGAAGACCCCUCCAUGACCAAGCUCAAGGCACUCGCACACCUAACAUCUCCUACCCGAAAAACAGCUUAUAUGAACUCCGCAGAGCUUUCCGCAACUCUACUAUGGCGGGCCCGACAGCAAGCGGCCAAGGAGCGCCGAGAGCGCAUUGAAGAGCUCAGGGCCAAGGGAGUGGUCAUUGAAACGGCCGAGGAGCGUGCAGCGAUGGAGGAUGACAUGGAAAAUCUUGUUGAUAAAGCACGGAAAGAGGCAGAUGAAAUCCGCCGACUGGAGAAAGCUGCUAGGAAGAAGAGCAACAGUGACGAUGAUAAAGAGGAUAAUGACUACGAGCUUUCUGGCUCUGAUCAGGAGGGUGUUAGUGAAGGAGACGAUGAAGAUGAUGAAGAGGAAGAAAAUGAGCGUGUCAAUUAUGGCGGUCAUCUUCUCGAGCAGGAGGCCGACAAAGACGACGAUUCGACUGACGACGAUAGUGCGGUGUCUCCUUCAGAUGCAGAGAAGGAGAUGCCUACUGUGAGACGGAAGCGACGAACUCGCGUGAUUAGCGACGACGAAGACGAAGACCAACCACAACUACCCUCAACGCCUGUGAGAGCCCCGACUUUUGUCCCGCAGUCCGCCGAACGACCCAACUUUCUUGGUAUGGGAACACCAGGCGAUAUGUCUCUAAGUCUUACCCAGGUAUUCGCCUCCACAUUGGAUGGCAGUGGCGCCGGUACACAAGCGGAAUGUGCCACCAUACCCUUCUCUCUCCCAGACCCUGUUCGGCAUGUCCCUCAACUUCGAAAGGAGGAAUCGGAGAUUCUUGUUCCUGACAGCCAGCCCCAGCCCCAGGACAAAGACUUUAUGGAGGGCUACGCACAAAGUGUGACCCGAGUAUCAGAGUCGCCUGCAUCAUAUGCCUUCUCGGAGCAUUCCCAAUCCCAGCUGCCCGACCCAACCCAGGAUGAGGGCUUUGUAUUCUCACCAUUUGACCCCGCAAAAAGGUUCAGGGGCACCCCGCCUAUGUCGACCGUCGACACAGUUCUCGUGGGUCAACCCCAGUCGCCCAUUGCUGAUCGCAAGCGCAAAAUUUUGCGGCGAGGACGUGCAACUGAUCUCUCUCAAGUCGACGAGAACGAUAAUGAAGGUGACUUCGAAAUCGAUGCCAAUGCCUUCAAUGUCAUGAAGAAGGAUAAGGUUGUGAAGAAGAAAACCCCUGCCCCCCAGUACGACAAGAAAAACAGCAAGGCAAAAGACAUUGUCGAUGAGGCUGCCGAAGAAUCCGAAGAUGAAUAUGCAGGCCUUGGAGGUCACAGUGACGAGAGCGAUGGCGAAGAAAAUGCUAUUGAUCGCCAAAUGAUUAAUGACAACAGUGGCGAGGUGGUUGAUGAGAAGCAACUUGCCGCACUCAAUGCGGUCCAUGAUCGCAACCGCGACGAGAAAGAUGUCGCCAAGUUGAUGAGAGAUAUCACAACUGGAGCUCUCCGACGUCGCAAGAAUGCGGGUGAUGACUUUGACCUCGACGACUCAGACGAUGAGCACCUAGCACGUCGCCGUGAGAAGCAACGCGAGUUCGCUAAGAUGCGCCGUGCUCUCCUUGCAGACGAGAAAAUCGGGGAGAUUGCCCAGAACCCCAAAAAGGCCGCAUUCUUCAAGGCCGUUGAGGAUCGCGAAGUUGAUGAUGACUUCAAUAUCGACUUCCUGGAGGAAGAAGAGGAUGGCUCCCAAGGGGGGACAAUGCAGGACCCCGCUUCGGGAGAACAGUCGAACAAUUCGCUGAGCGAUGGUCAAAUCCGCAAGCGCCCUCUCGAACCGUCGGCGGAAGAUAGAACCAACCGUCCGUCAGCUCGCCUCCGUCGCACCCCCGCCAGCGCAAUGUCAAAGAAACCAGCUACCAUAGCAGAGAUUCGUGAAACGUUGUCCUUCCUUACUGAAACCCCUGAGUACGACUCCUUCCAGGACGAUGCUUCUCUCGAUGUUGCAGGACACGAACAAGACGACGGAGACACUCCCGGCACUGAAAAAGGCGACGAUGGUCAAGCGCAAUCUGACAAUACCUUCGUCAAACCCAGCCACCCACGCCGCACGCGCGGAGUCGUGGUCGACCGCCUUGCCCUCCUCCGACAAGCAUCCUCCAACUCCGCCACAGGCACCAACUCUGGCUCUGCAAACUCAAAGCUUGCAUUCCACAGCGGUAGCGGCGGAGAGGGUCCUAUUGGAUUCCGCCCUCCUCAACUUCUGCGUCGUGUUACAACUGGCUCUUCAUCGUCCAGCAGCUCGAGUGCCUCCAACCGCGUCUCCAAGGCCGCAGCUUCGGGUCCCAAGAAGGGCGGUGCUGUCAACUCAUAUACAGCUGCACGUGAACGUGAGCGUGAGAAGGAGCUUCGCAUCAAGCAGCGCAGCGGAGGAUCCAACAUUGCGAAGCUGCUGGGUAAGCACACUGGUAGUGGUUUAGGUGGCCUGGAUAAGGGCCAAUGGGAAUAA